AUGGACGUGCUUCAGUUGCCUGACCGCUUGGAGGCGCUAGCACGUCCAACUGCACAGCGCAUCGAGCAGGCGAAGGUCUUGCAUCCAGCUUUCUACACUGAUCAGACAUAUGUGCAGCUCGAAAGGGAGCGUAUCUUCGGCAUGAACUGGUUUGCAGCAGCUCAUGUCCACGAGUUGUCCAAGCCUGGCGAUGUGAAAGUCGUCGAGGUGGGGACCAAGUCCAUCAUCCUAACUCGUGACAAGAACCACAAGCUGCACGCUUUUUACAACACGUGCCGGCAUCGCGGGGCCCGUGUUUGUUCGACAAACGCAUCUGGUUGCAAGCAACUGGUCUGUCCGUACCAUUGGUGGGCAUAUCGCCUGGACGGCUCACUUAAGUCGACGCCCCCAGCUGCAGUGCCCAAGGAGCGCAAGGAGGAGUUGGGUUUGCUUCGUGUUCCUGGCCUCGAGACCUUUGCAGGCAUCAUCUUCCUUAACCAGACACCGAACCCUACUCCGCUUCGCGACUCUCUGGGUGAUCUGCCAGCGAAGCUACAGCGGUAUGACUUGGACGACAUGGAGAUGCAUGCGCAGAAGACCUACGACAUCGCAGGUGACUGGAAGCUGAUCUGCGAGAAUUUCGUGGACUUCUAUCAUAUUGAUGCCGUGCAUCCUGCACUCUCCAGGUUCUCCCGCGUUGACGACCACUUGCCAUAUCAAGGAGGCGGCCAAUAUGUCGGUUUUGUCACGUCGCCACUUACGGAUUGUGGCGGACCUGGAGACAGCGACAAGUUCAAUGCAUUUGGACGGCUUCGACCAAUAGAGUCGAACUCGGCGCUCUUCUUCCACAUCUUCCCAAACGUUUCAGUCACGAUCUAUCCUCACUCCGUGUACACUUUGCUUACCCUGCCCUCAAAGACUCAGGGAAGAACCGAGGAGCAGCUGACGCUUCUCAUGGCUCCUGGGGCACGGAGAGAAGAAGUCUCUCAAGAUGAGCACAUGGAGAGAUGCAACGCGCUCAUGGAUUUUGUGACGAACAUCAACGACGAGGACGUCGUCGCCAUUGAAAACCUUCAGGUCGGGCUUACCAAUCUUGACAGCCAAGGUAUGCAUGGUGAGUUUUUGCCGAAGUAUGAUUGGCCUGUGCAUCGAUUUCAGAACAUGGUACUGAGUGGCCUUCGCGGGACUCGGAUAGACGAGGACGUCAUGCCAAAGCUGCCUGAUAGCUUUGAGCGCAAGGUUCUUGCUGGGUGA